AUGGCGAAAGUCGUGGAUGAAUGGGGCUCCGCUUCCUUUCUACGCUUGCGCGGCAAGGAAGCCCUCACUUCCGGCCUUGCGCGCUCGGGGUCUGAACAUAACGGGCGCAAAACUAUCAGCAGGAAGUUCAACCCCUUGGUUACCUCGGACCGCAGCAAAAACCGCAAACGCCACUUCAGUGGGCCCUCGCACGUGCGCAGGAAGAUCAUGUCUUCCCCACUCUCCAAGGAGCUGCGGCAGAAGUACAGCGUCCGCUCCAUGCCCAUCCGCAAGGACGACGAGGUCCAGGUGGUUCGAGGACACUACAAGGGUCAGCAAAUUGGCAAGGUGGUCCAGGUGUACAGAAAGAAAUAUGUCAUCUACAUCGAGCGGGUGCAGCAUGAGAAGGCUAAUGGGACAACUGUCCAUGUGGGCAUUCACCCAAGCAAGGUGGUUAUCACCAGGCUAAAGCUGGACAAAGAUCGGAAAAAAAUUCUCGAAUACAAAGCCAAAUCUCGACAGGUUGGAAAAGAGAAAGGCAAAUAUAAGGAAGAACUUAUUGAGAAAAUGCAGAAGUGAAUGUAACCUGUUGUGCAAGCACAGUUUGCCUGUAGACCUUUAGCCUGGUGUGUGUUCCUUUGAAACUUUUCAAGACAUCUGCCAAACAUUUCAUCUCCUUCCUGUUUUGCUAUUGAUAAUGUAGCUUUGUAAAUCCACUUUUGCUGUUUUGAUUAAUAAUUUUAUGAAUAACAAUUGAAAAUGUUUCCUAAUUCCACGGGGAAUUUGCAUUGUUUUGUAGAUAAAAUUCAUCUUACUAUCAAUUCCUUCUUGCCAUUCUUUCCU